AUGGCGCGCCACCGGCGCACGCUUGUCGACGACAACUACCUCGUCUCGGACGUCCGUGUCCAGCUCGCGUGCCCAAAGGAGGCGUGGGUCCCGGAUGCUGCCCGGCAGCGCUGCAUCCACUGCAGCCGGCCCUUUUCCCUCUUUCGACGCCGCCACCAUUGCCGCGUCUGCGGCGACGUCCUCUGCGGCGCGUGCAGCUGGACCGUCUACCUCGUCAACACGGCCUCGAACGUCGGCCGCGCGUGUUUUGGCUGCUCGCGCGCGCAUCGCGUCUCCGAAACGACGAUCGCCAGUCGCAGCGGCGACGACGUUGGGCGACCGACGUGCCCUAACUUUGUCGACGCGCUCCCCGUCACGUCGUUCGACGGCGACCACAUGCAGGCAGGGCAUGCAGUGGACGCAGCUGCCGUGCGGUGA